AUGGUAAUCUCAUCUCCUUCGUCUCAAUCUCUUCACUCUUCUCGAUUGACGAAUGGUGUUGUCAGAAGCAAUUUCGAAUCGUCGCGAUUCUCCAAGUUGUACAGUGCUGAUGCGGCAAUCGGAGGCUCGCUUGUCGAGGAAUCGGAGGAGAAAGACGAUCUGAGGAGCCGGAUUUUCAGAUUGAGGCUCCCGAAACGGAGCGCGACUACUGUUCUGGAGAAAUGGGUUGGAGAAGGGAAUCAGAUUACUGGUCUGCAUCUAGCUUCAAAGACUCCUGAGACCUAUACUUCUCUGCUUCAUGCGUAUGCUGGCUCCAAACAAACCGAACGAGCGGAGGCCUUGUUCGAUAGAAUCAUAGAGGCUGAUAAUCUUAGUUUCGGUGCCAUCACAUACAACGAGAUGAUGACUCUAUACAUGUCAGUUGGGCAAGUUGAGAAAGUACCCGAGGUUAUCAAAAUGCUAAAGCGCAAAAAGGUUUCUCUGGAUAUUUUUACUUACAACCUGUGGCUAAGUUCAUGUGCUGCAACUUUUGACAUCGAUGAGCUCGGAAAGAUUAUUGAAGAGAUGAGGCAUGAUGCUAGUUCCAACGAGGGUUGGGCUCGGUAUACCGAUCUUACUAGCAUCUACGUAAAGAGCAGUAGACUAACUAACGCAGAGUCCACUUCACCCGUAGAAGCUGAGAAUUCCUCUAUUUCGCAAAGAGAAUGGGUCACAUAUGACUUCCUUAUGAUUCUGCACACAGGACUAGGGAACAAGGAUAUGAUAGAUCAGAUUUGGAAGUCUCUGAGAAACACUAACCAGAAAUUGAGCAGCAGAAGCUACAUUUGUGUUAUUUCAUCUUAUCUAAUGCUUGGUCAGUUGAGAGAAGCCGGGGAAGUUAUCGAUCAGUGGAAAGAGUCCAAAACGACAGAGUUUGAUGCUUCUGCUUGCUCCAGGAUCUUGGAUGCUUUUCGAGAUGUCGGGUUAGAGGAAAAAGCCAACGACUUUCACUUGCUCUUGGUGCAGAAGAAAUGCAGCUUGGAAAACGAGGAAUCAUAA